CCUCUUCAAAAGGAUAUAAGGCAGGGGGGGUACUCCAGCUCCUAACUCUGCCCAUCUGCCAUCUCACCUCAUCAUCCUCUGCUCCUGCCACCAGCAAACAGUCGCACAGAAGUCAGUUGGCACUAGGUCAGGAGGACUCGCUAAGGGUUUUAGUGCUGCUUCUGCCACUAUGCCUGUAAACCGAAGCAGCUUCAGCUCCAUGUCCAUGUCCUGCAGCAGUGGUGGAGGCAUAGGACAGAUCAGCGGUGGUUUUGGCAGCAGGAGCCUUCACAACCUAGGGAGAAGCAAGAGGAUUUCCGUGAGCGGAGGGUAUUGCUCUGCUAGACCAGGAUACAGUUACGGGUUAGGUCACGGUGGGUUUGCUUACAGGGCUGGCAGAGCUGGGUUUGGGUUUGGAGGAGGAUGCGGCCCUGGGGGUAUUCAAGGGGUCACAGUCAACCAAAACCUCCUGGCACCUCUUAACCUGGAGAUUGACACCAGCAUGCAGAGAGUGCGUCAGGAGGAGAAGGAUCAGAUCAAAUCCCUCAACAACAAAUUUGCCUCCUUCAUUGACAAGGUGCGGUUCCUGGAGCAACAAAACAAGGUACUGGAAACCAAAUGGAGCCUCUUGAAAGACCAAAAAGUUGUGAAAAAUAACAUUGAGCCUAUGUUUGAAGUGUACAUCAGCAACAUGAGGAGACAGCUUGAGGCUCUAGCAGGGGACAGGCUGCAGCUCAGCUCUGAGCUGAAGGCUAUGCAGGAUGCUGUUGAAGACUUCAAGAUCAGGUACGAGGAGGAGAUCAACAAACGCACGACUGCAGAGAACGACUUCAUGUUGCUCAAGAAGGAUGCAGACGCUGCCUACAUGAGCAAGGUGGACCUGGGAACCAGGGUGGAUGCACUGACGGAUGAGAUUAACUUCCUGCGAGCUCUCUAUGAAGCGGAGCUGUCUCAGAUUAAGUCACAAAUCUCUGACACCUCCGUGGUGCUGUCCAUGGACAACAACCGCAGCCUGGACCUGGACAGCAUCAUCGCAGAGGUCAAGGCACAGUACGAGGACAUCGCCAACCGGAGCCGGGCAGAGGCUGAGUCCUGGUACCAGAGCAAGUACGAAGAACUGCAGCUCACUGCUGGCCAGCACGGGGCCGACCUGCACAACACCAAGGUGGAGAUCUCAGAGAUGAAAUGCGUGGUGCAGCGGCUCCACUCAGAAAUUGACAGUGUGAGGAAACAGUGUGCCAGUCUGCAGACAGCCAUCACAGAUGCUGAGCAGCAUGGGGAGAUGGCCAUCAAGGAUGCCAAAGCCAAGCUGGCCGAGCUGGAGGAUGCUCUGCAGAAAGCCAAGGCAGACCUGGCCCGGCAGCUGCGCGAGUACCAGGAGCUGAUGAACGUCAAGCUGGCCCUGGACAUCGAGAUCGCGACCUACAGGAAGCUGCUGGAGGGCGAGGAGUGCAGGCUGGCUGGAGAAGGCGUUGGUGCAGUGAAUAUUUCCGUGGUCUCAUCCGGGAGCAGCUUCGGAGGUGGGACCACGCUGGGGCCGGGCUUUAACAGCAGGCUUGGCCUGGGGGUCGGCAGUGCCAGCGCCGGCAGCUGCCUGGCUGCAGGAUUCAGCUCUGGUGCAGGAAGCAGCUCCAGCAUGAGGUUUGUGUCAAAAACCACCACCAAGAAGAGCUGUCGGAGCUAAGUCACAGCAGCACCCAGCUCCCCUGGAGCAGAAGAGGUUGAGCACCACCUCCUGCUGCCAGCACAGAGCUAUUAACAGCAUCCAAAGAGCCGUGCUUAUCGCGUUCCCGUUAGGGGAAACCAUACUCCCAGCACGACUUCCUGGCUCAGCGGAGAGACAUCUCCAAGCCCACUUAAUUCCUUCGCAGAAACUCUCCCCCAGCUGACCAGAAGCCCAGCACUGCUUGGCAAUGAGUAAUCAGCCUUCCUACUACUGGGUGCCAUCGUUAGAGCUCAGCUUGCAGCAUCCCUCGGGUCCCCUUGGCUCUGGUGUCCUGGUGUAAAUCCAGAGUAGAUGCAGGGCUUGGAUUUACACCAAUGUACAUGGAAGCAGAACCAGGUCCCUUCACCUGCUCAUGACGGAAACCAGGAGGUGUGCCGAUACCACAGUCUCUUAUGUUCCCUCCUGAUCAACCCAGCUCCCUGCUAUUGGGCUUGCUCUCCCCAGGGGCUUGCAGAACUGAGAACAAAGCAUCUUUCAGCAAGAAGCAGUUGCUCCAUUUCCCAACUUUCUUGCUCUGCUGUCACUUCUCUAUCUGCUCCAGGGCUCUCCAGCUCUACCCACAUCCAACAACACAACCUUCAUUUUCCAGAGGUGAAAGGGGCUGGCUCUUCAUAGUAAUUCCUCACCCACCCAGUGCGUGUAACUCGAGCCAGAAGAGCACAUAACCCACAGGCUGCUGUAUGCUGCACAUAACCCACUUGUCUCAGCAGCAAACCAACCCCUCCACCAGCCAGGGAACUCAGCCUAGAGAAAAUAACAGCACAAGGGUUAGAAAGAAAACAACGCAAGAAAACAUCUGUUGUAGUGCCUUUGUUCUUAGUUUCCCCCCACCUUUUUACGGAAGGAGGAGGGAGGCAAAGAAGAGGGUUAGAGAAUUACAUGCCAAAAUGUAACCAGCCUGUUUCCUCUCAGCUUCUGCUCUUGUUGAACUGAGUUUUAUGAAAUUUCUCCAAUAAACUGCAAUCAGCCUUACUAUGAA